AUGCUGAAGUGGGAGCCACUGGAUGAGGUGCAUUGGGUGGGUGGUGCGCUCAACCUCAUCGAAGGCUGCAGAGACAUCGGGAAGAACGGGGAGGGGGGCUUUACCUGUGUCACCGUCCCGGAGAAUGUCACUCACGACAAGACAUCGCGGGUUCACACCGUGGAGAAGCCGUUCAGCUGCACGACCUGCGGGCACGGGUUCAAGUCUUCCUCCCUGCUCACCGAGCACCAGCGGAUUCACACGGGGCAGAAGCCGUUCGCCUGCUUCGUGUGCGGGGAGAGGUUCGAUCAGAUAGACGAGCCCCGCCCCCUCCCCGGCUCCGAUUCGGCGGUCCUCCAGCCCCGCCCACAGCUUCCCGCCGUCCGCCGCGCAUGCGCGCUGCCCCUCAACCCAGCUCGAGGACGACCGUUGCGACGGGUGAGUAUGGCGGGGCAGACGCCGCGGGCGGGUUUCACCAGUAACGCCCGUGAGAACCGGCAGUGGGCGAGGUUACCGCUCUGCCUUUGCGGGCCGGCGCGGACUUUUUUCCUUCCGGAACCUUCCGGGCCCUUGCCCUGCGACAACGUGUCUGCCUCCCUGGCGCUGGGUGAGGGAGACGGGACAGUGGACCUUCAGCCCCUCAUCGCCGUCCCGUACUACAUUUACUGCUGCCUCCUGGGCCUGCUGUCCUGCUCCCUGUUCUUCCGCAUGAACUUUGAGGUGAAGUUGCUGCUGCUGCUGCUGGGCCUGGUGGUCUACAACGUCAUCUUCCUGCACACCCACGCCAGAGCCUCGGAGUUCUACACCUGCUACCUCUACCCCAACGCCAGCCUCGCGGGCGCGCCGAGCCCUGGAGUACUCAAGGACCCCAAGCUGAUGGGGGGCGUCUCCCUCUUCAUCUUCUUCUUCACCCUGUUGGGCCUGGCCAGGCAGAACGAGUAUAGCUGCCGCCUGGACUUUCUUUGGAAGAGGAAGUUCCGUCAGGAGAGGGAGCAGAUCGAGACGAUGGAAAGCCUGAACCGGGUGCUCCUGGAGAACGUGUUGCCUGCCCACGUGGCCGUCAGGUUCAUUGGGCAGAACCGCAGGAACGAGGACCUCUACCACCAGUCGUACGACUGCGUCUGCGUGAUGUUCGCCUCAAUCCCGGACUUUAAGGAGUUCUACUCAGAGACGGACGUCAACCGGGAAGGGCUGGAGUGUCUGCGCCUACUCAAUGAGAUCAUUGCCGAUUUCGACGAGGUCCUCUCCAAGCCCAAGUUCAGUGGGGUGGAGAAGAUAAAGACCAUCGGGAGCACCUACAUGGCAGCGUCCGGACUCUAUGCUGCUCUGGGUCAGGAGAACCCACAGGACGGCGAGCGGUGUUGGAGCCACGUGGGGGCGAUGGUGGAAUUUGCGGUGGCCAUGAUGGCCAAGUUGGACUCCAUCAACAAACACUCCUUCAACAACUUCAAGCUGAGGAUCGGUAUUAACCACGGCCCCGUCGUUGCCGGGGUGAUCGGGGCCCAGAAACCCCAGUACGACAUCUGGGGGAACAGUGUCAAUGUGGCCAGUCGGAUGGACAGCACUGGGGUCCUGGGCAAGAUACAGGUGACGGAGGAGACGAGCCAAGUGCUGAGUGGUCUGGGGUACGCGUGCCGACCCCGGGGCAUGGUCCAGGUCAAGGGCAAAGGUCAUCUGGUCACCUACUUCGUCUGCACCGACCUGACCCGCUCCAACUCCCAGGGCAACGUGCUCAACUGAGGAGGGGUGGGGGGGCCGGUGGGGGAGGGGUCGGGCAACGGAGGGGUUUCCCCCCACCAACACCCCCUCCCCCUCCCACGGCCUCCAAGUACCAGCUUCUCUCGACUCCCAUCUCGCCACCCCACCCCCUCCCCUCUUCCCCCCCUGUGUCAAAGCAGGAGGGUGGCCAAGGUGGGAUCACUGGGAUACCUGGGAGUUGGGUGGGUGGGAAGGGAUGGAGGGGAAUCUGUCCCGUUUCCCUCCCCCCGCCUCCCCCAAAUCUCGUGUGGUGUCCGCCCCCCCCCCCUCGCCCAAUACACUACCACCUUGGACUCGGAUCUGGCCCACUGUUCGGGGGUAGGGGGAGUGGAGUUGGGGAGGUGGGACAAUGUAGAGGGAGCUUUCCUCUGUAUCUAACCCCGUGCUGUCCCUGUCCCUGGGAUGGGGGGGACAGUGUAGAGGAAGCUUUACUCUGUAUCUAACCCUGUGCUGUCCCUGUCCCUGAGAUGGGGGGACAGUGUAGAGGGAGCUUUACUCUGUAUCUAGCCCAGUGCUGUCCCUGUCCCUGAGAUGGGGGGACAGUGUAGAGGGAGCUUUACUCUGUAUCUAGCCCAGUGCUGUCCCUGUCCCUGGGACGGGGGGACAGUGUAGAGGGAGCUUUACCCUGUAUCUAACCCCGUGUUGUCCCUGGGAGUGUUUGAUGUGGGUGACAGUGUAGAGGGAGCUUUACUCUGUAUCUCUGUGCCGCGAGUGUCGGGCGGGGUGCAUCAAGAGACGACGGGAUUUUCCGUUCAACCCGGACUCACUGCCGCCCCUCCAAACUCACUCACGGUCUGCCCGGCUCCCUCUACACCGUGUCUGAGAGGAUCUGGAUCGCCAGUACGUACCAUGUGCAAUAAAGGAAUUCCUGUUCUGUU